ACAAACAGCUUUUCUCUCUACUAGCCUUCACAAUUUUCUUUAAUUUCAGUUACACUUCUUCUUCAAAAAAAAAAAAAAAAAAAAAAAAAAAAAAAAAAAAAAAAAAAAAAAACCAUAUAACUUCUCUUUUAAGGUCUAAAGAUGGAUAUGGUGAUGAAGUUGGGAGCAGAAAGUCCAGUGGUAAUUUUCAGCAAAACCACUUGUUGCAUGUCUCACAGUAUCGAAACCCUAAUCCGAGGUUUUGGAGCAAACCCUACAGUUUACGAGCUCGAUAAACUUCCAAAUGGGAGGCAAAUGGAGAACGCAUUGAUUGAAUUAGGAUGUCAACUAAGUGUGCCAGCAGUUUUCAUUGGGAAAGAUUUUGUUGGUGGUUCUAAUGAGAUUAUGAGUCUUAAUGUUAGAGGCAAGCUCAAGAAUUUGCUUCUUAAAGCUAAUGCAAUUUGGAUAUAGAGAUCACUUUACUAACUAGCAAGUAUUCUAGACCUUCAUUUCAUAAUACGUAGUUCAUAGUAAUCGCAGCAGCUAUAGAGUCUCCUAUAAGUAUUUGGUGGUUGUUUAUCACCCAGAUAGUUUAGUUAAGGCUUAAAGUACUAAUGUUGAUCCUAUACAAUAAUUUCAUGAGUUCUCCUUUCAUGCAAAUAACACAAUAUUGGGUAACUAAGAAUAAGUAUCUUGAAAUUUUUCAUCUCGAAUUGUAUUCCCAUAAAAGGAAGGGUGAAGUUGAAAAACUAAUCCUUCAAAUCGUUGUUGUGAAGUCAAUAAAUUAUAUGCUCUUUGGUUGAAUCAUAAA